AAAUCAUACCUAAUUACCAAUACAUUACUUGGCUAGCCUCCACCCGUCCACCGGAACCACUUCACCGAGUUCUUUCGUCUCCACCGUCCACUGCUCUUUUAUGGCCGCUUCAUGACUUUUUCUCUAAGGAAAUCCAUAAGCACUUCAAUCUUGCUCCGUCGUCACUGCAAACACCCAAGACUCGGAUCAAGUUUACAGAACUUAAAUGGCGAACCCACAGAGCUACUCUCUCUCCAUCAGAGACAAAACCGAAGAGGAAUACGACGUCAAAGAGAGCAAGUGUGCCUUCCUGGCGAGCUUUAGCAUCACCCAAUCCUGAAUUUAGUUUCCAAGUAUCGGAAUUUACUUCUCGAGGGUUCUGUAGCUUCGGAGUCCAUGACGCAGAUUCCGAUGCCGGAACUGAUUCUAAUUCUGAAAAUGAUGAAAGAUUUGACGGCGGAUGUGAGGAAGAUACUUGUGGUGGUGAAACUGAAAGCGAUAGGGUGAAGUCUAGCUCAGAUCCUGAGGAGGUAAAUAGGGUAUGCAAGGUGAUCGACGAAUUGUUUGCGUUGGAUAGGAACAUGGAGGCUGUUCUUGAUGAACUUAGGAUCAACUUAUCGCAUGAUCUUGUGGUGGAUGUGUUGCAACGUUUCCGUCAGGCAAGAAAGCCCGCGUUUCGGUUCUUCAAUUGGGCGGGGCAGAAACCUGGGUUUGCUCAUGAUUCCAGGACUUACAAUGCAAUGAUGAAUAUAUUGGGAAGGACGAAGCAGUUUGAGACAAUGGUGUCUAUGCUUGAAGAGAUGGCUGAGAAACGGCUUCUGACAAUGGAGACAUUUACAAUUGCAAUGAGAGCUUUUGCUGCUGCAAAAGAGAGAAAGAAAGCUCUUGGCAUAUUUGAGUUGAUGAAGAAGCACAAAUAUAAAGUUGGUGCUGAUACUAUCAAUACCUUGCUUGAUAGUCUUGGGAAGGCAAAACUUGGAAAAGAAGCUCAGGCUAUUUUUGACAAGUUGAAAGAAAGGUUUACCCCUAAUUUGAGCACUUACUCAGUGCUGCUUAAUGGUUGGUGUCAAGUGAAGAAUUUGAUGGAGGCAGGGAGAGUUUGGAAUGAGAUGAUUGACAAAGGUUUUAAGCCUGACAUUAUUGCUCAUAACACUAUGCUCGAAGGGCUUUUGAAGAGUAAAAAGAGGUCUGAUGCCAUCAAGUUGAUUGAGGUUAUGAAGGCCAAGGGACCUACACCUAAUGUUAGGAGUUAUACAAUUUUGAUUCGUAAUCUGUGUAAGCAAAGAAACAUGAGGGAGGCGGUUGAGUACUUUGUUGAAAUGCUGGACUCUGAGUGCCAACCCGAUGCUGCAAUUUAUACAUGUUUAAUCACAGGGUUUGGGAAUCAAAAGAGGAUGGACAUGGUCCAUGGAUUAUUGAAGGAGAUGAAAGAGAAGGGUUGCCCACCAGAUGGCCAAACUUACAACGCAUUGAUUAAAUUGUUGACGAGUCAGCGUAUGCCAGAUGACGCAGUGAAGAUAUACAAGAAGAUGAUUCAGAGUGGAAUUGAACCUUCAAUCCACACUUAUAACAUGAUAAUGAAAUCCUACUUCCAGGCAAGGAACUAUGAAAUGGGUCGUGCCGUAUGGGAUGAAAUGAGUACUAAUGGUUGUUGCCCUGAUGAUAAUUCGUAUACAGUGUUCAUUGGAGGGCUUAUAAGUCUGGGAAGAUCAGGAGAGGCUUGUAAAUAUCUUGAGGAAAUGAUAGAGAAAGGAAUGAAAGCUCCACAACUUGACUACAACAAGUUUGCAGCUGAUUUCUCAAGAGCUGGGAAGCCUGAUGUACUUGAGGAGUUGGCUCAAAAGAUGAAGUUCUCUGGGAAGUUUGAAGUUUCCAAUGUCUUUGCAAGAUGGGCUGAGAUGAUGAAGAAAAGGGUUAGGAGAAGAGAUCCAGUUAGAAGUCCUUGACACUGAGCCUACUUUUUUCCUAGAUUAAGUCUGGUUUUAUUGCAAGACUUGAAAGGGAAGCAUCUGGUGUGGUUAUGAUUAUGAACUGCUCACUGAAUUUUUUUCGAUCUGCAUAUGAGUGUGCUGUAUAUUUUUCUUAAUGUUAUUUCCGUGAUUCUCCUCACAAGGCUACUUCUUUUCAUUUUUUUUCAGACAUUACUGUUUUUAUGCAAUGCGAGGUAUUUCUUGGUU